AUGUCAUCCAGUAAAAAGUGCAUUGUACCAAUAGUUCAAGAUAAAUCACCAUCACGAACUGUGAGUUUCAAUGAAUUAGCUGGUGGGAAAGAAAGGGCACGUAUGUCCUUAAGUGUGGAAGAGCUUGCAUUAUUGGAUGAAAUUCAACGCCGUGGACGAGUUAGUUCAUCCACUAAUGUACGAACAGGGAAAAUCAGUGUUUCGGAAUUAAUGGGAUGUGGUGAUAAAAACGCCGACAAGAAGAAGCGAAAGAAAGAUCGAAGCGGCUUAACAAUGACUGCUGAGAGUAAUCAUGACCAUCACAAUCGUGCACCACCGAUACUUGAAGCAAAUCAUGGUAUAUCGAUCGAUCCCGCCACUCUUCUUGAUGUUGCAGGAUGGAAGAUUCCUCCACUACCACCAGGACUUGUCUCAAUAAGUAACUUCUUUGGUUAUUUGUGA